GCGAGCUAACGUAUAUAAAGUCUCGGCGUCGGGACUUUGUCGUCGCAGUUUAACGAUAAUACUUUGUUAUAAAGCAUAAUUAACGCACUCGUUCCUCAGAUAAAAACAUGAAGGCUACUUUGGCAAUGGUGUUGUGCAUGGCGGUGGUGGCCAUGGUCAUGGGGGCCGACGAAGUCAAAUACACGACGAGAUUCGACGGCAUCGACAUCGAUCAGGUCCUGCACAACGAUCGGAUUCUUAAAUCCUACAUCAAUUGCCUGCUCAAGGAUGCCUCCUGCAGCCCCGACGCACGAGAGCUCAAACGACUGCUUCCCGACGCUCUGGCGACCAACUGCGAGAAGUGCAGCGAAAAGCAGAAGGCCGGAGCCGAGAAGGUGAUCGCCUUCCUGGCCAAGAACAAGCCCGAGACCUGGACCGAGAUCCUGGCCAAGUACGACAAGGACAACGUCUACAGGACCAAGUACGCCGAGCAGGCCAAGAAACUCGGCGUUCCCGUCUAAAUGUGAUCGCUGAACACCUCGACGCUGACGAUUACGCCGUGAACGACGUUACCUUUUUUUUCUCUCUUGUAUAUUUUUUUGUGCUUAUAUAUAUCGCGUAUGUAUAAUGUUCGCGACGAAAGAUGAAGGAAAGAAAAAAAAAUUAAUGCCAAGAUCCACGAUUGUAUCCGAUUGUUAACGCGUUUACACGCUCGCAUGCGCACGGGAUUUUAACAACUCUGUUUAUUUUACUUAUAAUAUUACGAACAUCGAUUUAUAGCUUGAGACCAAUAAAUAGACAACUUAUUGUUUUUCAAUCAA